UUUAUGAUAUUUUUAUGGGUUGUUGAGUUGGUUUCGUCUGAAGAAAGAUUCCCUGCAAAUACACCGUUUUCUCGGAACCAUCUCUCUCUCUCUCUCUCUCUCUCGCAAGUUACGCAACCCAUUUCUUCUUUCGAUUCAAUACCUAAUCAUCUGCUCUCACUUUCCAUCAAUGGAGGAAGCUAACAUUGUUGAGACUAAAGACGGGACGAUCUCCGUUGCUUCAGCUUUUGCUGGCCACCAGGAAGUUGUACAGGACAGAGACCACAAAUUCUUGACAAGAGCUGUAGAAGAAGCAUAUAAAGGAGUAGAUUGUGGAGAUGGAGGGCCAUUUGGUGCAGUUGUUGUCUGCAAGGAUGAGAUUGUUGUGAGUUGUCAUAACAUGGUCCUAAAACACACAGACCCAACUGCACAUGCAGAGGUUACAGCUAUAAGAGAGGCGUGCAAAAAGCUGAACCAAAUUGAGCUCUCUGACUGUGAGAUAUAUGCCUCUUGCGAGCCCUGUCCUAUGUGCUUUGGCGCCAUUCAUCUUUCAAGAAUCAAGAGGUUAGUUUAUGGUGCUAAAGCGGAAGCGGCCAUUGCGAUUGGGUUCGAUGAUUUCAUUGCAGAUGCAUUAAGAGGUACUGGAUUUUAUCAGAAGGCUAAUCUAGAGAUCAAAAAAGCUGAUGGCAAUGGAGCCAUUAUUGCCGAACAAGUAUUUGAAAACACCAAAUCCAAGUUCUCUAUGUAUUGAUACCCAUUUCUAACAUGAACGUCCCACCCCAUUGGAUUAGAUCAUUCACAACUGCUGAAUCUGAACUUCUCUCUGCAUUACAUGAUACUGGUAAACCUCCAUAUGAACAUGUGUUAAUGAACAGAUUUGAAAUUCCAAAGUUAUUGAAGUUGCAAAUGUUUGAUUGUUCA